AUGGGUAGUUUAUUGAAUAAAGAUGAUGAUCCUGAAAACUUUCCUCUACUGUUAUCCGGUAGUAUGAGUGAUGGACAAUCAGCAGCUAAAGAAGUGGCUGAUGAUGGUUUGAGCUAUGAAUAUGAUAUCAUAUAUAUAAGUAAAAUCGAAAUUAGUGAUGAAAAUGGUAUAGAAUAUGUAGCAGAAGCACCAGGUUACAUUCGAAUAUUUUAUGAUAAUAAUAGUUAUGAAAGUCAUCUACCAACAGGUUCACUCAAUAAUCAAACAUUUAUUGAUGGAUAUCAACUAAAACAACAAAUUCAUUCAAUCAUGAAAGAACAAAAUUUACGUUCAAUUUCAUCAUCGUCAACAUCUAUUGAUAAAGCAAAUAUUUUCUUUCAAUUUUCUGAUCCUAAUCCGCCUAUUGAUUGUAAUAUUCUUGAAAAAAUAGAAUUAUUUCGUCAGAAUAUAACAAAUGAACAACAACAAAUUGGUCGACGAAAUAUUGAACAAUUUUCCUUAUAUAUAUUAGAUGUAUUUGAUAAAGAGACAAAAUAUUUUUUAUGUAAAUUAUCAAAAGAAUUAUUUCAUAUUGAUUUAUCAAACCAACAUAUUAACAAAUAUCAUACGAAAAUAAAACAGUUGAUACAUUUAUAUAAGACUCUGUAUUUAUCAUUAGCCGGUAUUCCAAUGCCGUCAAAUCUUACCCAUAAACUUCGUCUUAUAUUAAAUUUCUAUGAACAAUAUCGUCAUUUAGUUGAUGAAAAUGCACUUGAAAGUCAAUUUGAAAUAUUUGAAAUGUAUAAUAAACGUAUUUUGACUGAAGAUUGUGACAUUGUUAUUGGCAUUAAACUUAAAUUUUGGCCACAAAUUAUUCAAACGCGAAUGAAUUACUUAAAAUAUAAUAAAAGUCAUAUUUAUAAUAAAAUAAAAAAUGCCACAGUUUACGCAAUACCGAAAUGGUCAAAAUCUACUGACUCAGAAGCAGCACCGUAUGAAUUUCGCUUAUCCUUCUCCGUUUUUGAAUCAAUAUUAGCGCGAUCACGUUAUGAUAUAGAAAAAAAAUUAAAUAAUAUUGCACGUCGUAUCUAUUACAGAUAUAUAAAAAAACAAGAUUCUUCCUGUGGAUCAGGAGAAGGGACAAACAAUAUUGAAGAGUGUAUAUCAUCUUAUGUUGUAAAAACGUGUGUUCUUUGGAUGUGUGAAAUGUACGAUCUUAAAAAUGAUUAUAAAAAUGUAAACGAUGAACAAGAAAUUUCAAGAGAUUUAUUUAAACGUUUUAUAAAUUUUUUUCGUGAAAGAUUAGAAACAAAAUUAUGUCAACAUUACUUUAUUGAACAAAUUAAUCUCUUGUCGUCAUACAAUUCUUCAACAAUAACGCGAAGCCUAGAUGCAUUAAACAAUAUUGAUGUAAAACAUCAUUUGAAGACAAACUAUAAACCUUACAUACCAAAAAGAGAUUUUAUACAUUUUACGUCGAAUAUAGUUGAGGAGUUUCAUGAAUUAGAAUUAAAUCAUUUUGAUGUCCAAUGUCCGUUUUAUAUACCAGAAAAAUAUAAUUCAUAUUUAAAACGCUUAUAUCGAUUAUUUUUAUUAAUAAUAGAAAGAAACGAUCGAAAUUGGUGGAUUCAUUUAUCAACUAUUUUGUUUAAUAAAAGUACUGAAAAUCAAUCUGAUAUAAUUGAUCUCAGUAAUAUAAAUAUUCAAGAAAUAAUUGAUUGUUUAGUUACAUUUGUUAACAAUGUUCAACGACGAUGGCCAAUUAUAAAAUAUUUAAUAUUUGAAAAUGAUUCAAUGAAAGAAUUUGUAAUUGAAAAACGACAUAUGUUUGUGAAAUAUGGUAUUAAGUUUUGUGAACAAUUUAUUUAUGAUGAUACAUUAGGCUAUUUAAAACAAAAUUGUUUUAGUGAAACUUUACAAACAAAUAUAAAACAUUCAAAGCAAAUUGAUUAUCCGUAUGAUGAAUAUAAUAGACCCAUUCAAUGCUCUAUAACAUUGAAAAAAUCCGAACAAACAGAAAAAGAGGAAGAAUUAAGUAUUUUAAUUCCUAUCGAUGUACUAUUUGAUGAAUUUUGGAAUGGUAAUUUUCCAUAUUUAGUAGACCAUGUAUUAGUAUUAUCCACUGCUGGUUAUUUAAUAACAAAAUUUAUAUUUGCUACAGAUAAAUAUUAUCAAGAAUCAAAUCCAGUACGUUCCAAAUUCAUGCCAUGUCUGAGAAUAAUAAAAUUGAUUCGAAGUAUACUAGAAAUACGACGCAGAGCAACUUUGUACAGCAGUGUUGAGUGA